UGCCCGACCCGUGCUUUGCUUUAGUGGACGACUAUUGGAUGAGUUAUGUCUUAAACCAUAAAUUCAAUCGAAAACUCAGGAAAUUGUCGACAAAAGCGAGCGAUUCGAGUGAUGCCAUCGUCAGCCGGACUGAAGACUCGGAUGAAAUCGGUUUAGCGUUAUAUACGAGACCUGAAGUCGAGCAAAACAAAAUCAAACUAUACAUCCAUCACAUGCUUCAGGGGUGGCCUGUUUGGGACAGUGAUCAGGAAAAUGAUAUCAAAUUGGAUGAGAAAAGUGAGGAAAUGAUGGCUAAAAGUAAGCGUGAAUUUUGGGACAAAUUAUUCGUUGGAUUCAAUAUAUCGUCGGAAAUAAGUGAAGAAAGUGUCAGAGAUUUGGUGGAAAUGGGAGUGAAAUGCGUGAGAAUAGGCGCCGUAGGGUUAGGCGAUAAAGUGGACUAUGAGUUGAAGGGAUUUGUGGCCAAUAGAGACCUACAGAUGAGACAAUUGAAGACAACUAUAUCUCUAUUGAAAUCCAAUGGCAUUCGUGUUGUGCUAACCCUUUGCCGACAAUUGUCUUCUCCAGAGAUCUGGGAAUUCAUUGCAAAGAAUUUGUAUUCAGAGGAGAAUGUCGUCGGAUAUGAUCUCAUUAAUGAACCCUUCACUGCAUUGGAAGAACAAUACGAGUUCGUUGACAAUGAUCCUGGUUUAACUGAACUAAUGUCACGAUAUAUCCAAAUGAUUGAAUCCAUCCGUAAAGUCGACAAAAUAACUCCGAUUAUCAUUGAAUCGAGUUAUUGGGCGACAGUCGACGCCAUUCCCAAGUUAUCCAUCGAAAACCUGCUGACUAUCGACACAAACAUUUUGGAGAAUGUCGUCGGAUAUGAUCUCAUUAAUGAACCCUUCACUCCAUUGGAAGAACAAUACGAGUUCGUUGACAAUGAUCCUGGUUUAUCUGAACUAAUGUCAAGAUAUAUCCAAAUGAUUGAAUCCAUCCGUUUAGUCGACAAAAUAACUCCGAUUAUCAUUGAAUCGAGUUAUUGGGCGACAGUCGACGCCAUUCCCAAGUUAUCCAUCGAAAACCUGCUGACUAUCGACACAAACAUUUUGGUUUCCUUUCAUUUCUAUGAACCCAUGCUUUUGACUCAAAGACAGAGAAACAAAAAUCGUUUCGCAUAUCCCUCACAAUUACCUGAUUAUGAAAACAUCAAAUAUCCGCAAAUGAUUGAAAUCAAUGACAAUUAUAUUGCCGAUAAAUUCUUAACAGCCAUUCAAUGGUCACAAAAGUUUAACAUCAGACUAGUUUUGGGUGAAUUUGGUAUCAGUCGUGAAGUAUUGGGGGCUGACCUAGAUGAGGACUGGGAUUCAAUGGACUAUGAAUUGGGCGAUAAUAUCUCGACGGGGAAAGCGUUAGAGCUUGGUCAAUACAACACUGUGGAAAAUUCAGUGAUAGCUAUUUCUGAUGGAUCACAAGCUUUACUAAACAAGGUCCCUGUGGACACAACAUCUGACUAUUGUUUUGGCAAUUAUACGAAUGGUUUCAAUGGUUUUAUAAAUAAUUUCACUGGUCUUCUGCCUAUGAGUCCCAAUGAUAUGGACGUGAAGUUCCUGUUAUUCACGUGCAAUAAUCGGAAUAACUCACAAAACCUGACAUACCUGUCCCAAUCUAACGAAUGGACAACUGCUGGCUUUAAUUUCAUGGUUGGCUUGAAAAGUACCCUGGUAACUCACUUGGAUUUAAUUGGAUGGAGUUUGGGCGCACAUGUGGUGGGCUUUGCGGGCAAAAACGUAACCAACCCUAACGUAGGCCACAUCACAGCUGAUGACCCGGCUGGACCCGGGUUUACUGGACAGCCCCCUAAGAAUAGGUUAGCUGUCGGUGACGCCAGCUUUGUUAAUGUCAUACAUACUAAUGGCAUUCCACCCAAUGGUAUACCUGGAGUACAAGGUCUAGGGGAUUUGGAUGCUCUGGGAAACAUUGAUUCUUAUUUUAAUGGAGAUGUCCUCAAUCUGUUUCUCUGUAGUCACGUCCGAUCUAAUUAUUAUGCGAUCGCCGACCAGUCCUACGCCCAGAGCACAGGCUGUCAACCCAUUGCCUAUAAGUGCGACUCUUAUGACAACUUCAUGAGC